AUGUCUCCCCAGCUACACGUCACGACUCACGAGAUAUGUUACCAGGAGACCGCCCAUCUCGGCAUCACUCCUGUCUCCCAUGACCGCCUCCGCGCCUUCUAUCGCGGCGCCCUCGCGAAGAUCCAAGAGACGCAUACUCGCCUUCCCCACGCCAUGGAGGUUGUUCUCCGGUUCGAGGAGAACUCGCACAACGCCCGCGACACGAUCGAGUUUGUGAUCCGAAAUACGGAGAGGACUACGAUGCAGGAUCAAUUGUCUGGGUUCGUCCAUAUGGUGCAUGGACUUUGUGCGCACCCGAACGGUCGGGGUCGUGGCGUGGAUAUCGAGGUCAAUUUCUUCUUGUAA